GUCACCUAUCAGCAACGACGUUGCACUUUGCCAAAUAUAAACUGAGUUUCUUGGCCGGGUGACAGACUGAAAUGGGGAGGAGUCCGACACAGUUGGUUCAGCUCAGGACGGACUGAAGGACAAACAAGCAGAAAGGAGCAUUUGUAGGAACAUUAAAGGAAAAGGAAAACUCUGAGUACAGACCACCUGAAACAGGGAACAGAUAUCAGAUCUGAAAUGUUUACUGACAAGAUGUCGCUGUCUCCAGCUGCUGUUGCUGCUCACCGGCUGCUCGCUGCUGCGUCACACUCGAGCCACGAGGGAGGAGCAAGAACCUGGAAGAUCCUGACAAUCGUUCUGGCCAUCCCUGGCGUCGGUAUCUGCAUGGCCAACGCCUACAUGAAGGCCCAGGCCCACUCCCAUGGCCAGCCAGAAUUUGUGCCAUAUUCACACCUGCGUAUCCGCACCAAGAGAUUCCCCUGGGGCGAUGGAGACCACACUCUGUUCCACAACUCUCAUACCAACGCUCUUCCCAAAGGCUACGAGAGCUCAGAUCAUUGAGAUGAUCACUAUUUAUCUCAGCUGCAUGCUUUAAGCUGCAGUCUGUGCUGUAUCUGCUUUAAAUACACUGACCAAAGGGAGACCUGCGCCGCCAUCAGCAAAAGCAACAGUAAUAAAACAACUUCAUGCUGGAUUAAAA